AAUUAUGAUCACAAAAAUGAGGUGAUGUACAACAUUUCUUGGUCCUCCUCCUCUAGGAUAUUUCUUUGCUGUGCUUAUAUGAGCAGGUUGAUUUGCUUCAGAGUUCAACAUCAUCACUUCCAGUUUGAGAAAAUGGUGAUCUCAUCCAAGGGCAAAGUGUGUGUAACUGGUGCUUCAGGCUUCGUCGCCUCUUGGCUCAUCAAGAGGCUUCUUGAGGCGGGCUAUCAUGUGAUAGGAACUGUGAGAGACCCAAGCAAUCGCGAUAAAGUGUCACACCUUUGGAGAUUACCAAGUGCAAAGGAGAGGCUGCAACUUGUGAGAGCUGAUCUGAUGGAAGAAGGGAGCUUUGACGAUGCUGUGAUGGCUUGCGAAGGCGUCUUCCACACUGCAUCGCCUGUCCUUGCCAAAUCUGAUUCCAAUUGCAAGGAAGAAAUGCUUGUUCCUGCGAUAAAUGGUACUCUGAAUGUGCUGAAAUCUUGCAAGAAGAAUCCAUUUCUGAAAAGGGUUGUUCUUACAUCCUCAUCAUCCACGGUAAGAAUCAGGGAUGAGAGUAAACAUCCAGAAAUCUCACUGGAUGAAACAAUAUGGAGCUCUGUGGCACUCUGUGAAAAGCUACAGCUAUGGUAUGCCCUGGCAAAGAUAUCUGCAGAGAAAGCGGCAUGGGAGUUUGCCAAGGAGAACAACAUUGACCUUGUAACUGUUCUUCCAUCAUUUGUGAUUGGGCCCAGUUUAUCACAUGAACUGUCUGUCACUGCUUCAGACAUCCUUGGCUUACUUCAAGGUGACACAGAUAGAUUCAUCUCGUAUGGGAGAAUGGGAUAUGUUCACAUCGACGAUGUGGCGAGCUGCCACAUUCUGGUGUACGAAGCACCUCAGGCUACUGGGAGAUAUCUCUGCAACUCCGUUGUUCUUGACAACAACGAAUUAGUCGCCUUGCUUGCGAAGCAAUUUCCAAUUUUUCCCAUCCCAAGGAGCUUGAGGAACCCAUAUGAGAAACAGUCAUAUGAGCUAAACACAUCCAAGAUCCAGCAGCUGGGUUUCAAGUUCAAAGGGGUGCAAGAGAUGUUUGGUGAUUGUGUCGAGUCGCUGAAAGAUCAGGGACACUUGCUGGAGUGCCCGUUGUAACGAAAAAAAGGGAUCUUUGGCACGGUACCAACAAGCUCAUGGCCAAGCACACACUUGAAUUGUUCUGACUUUGAUUCGACACUUCGCAUGCCACUGCGUUUCUCUUGUAAUAAUUCGCAUGUCAUUCCCUCACCAAACGACAAAUAAAUUGUCAAUUUGUUGCUCAGUCUUCACAGACCAUAUGCUUAAAUGUAAUGCUCUGCUUGCUUUCACUUUGGAUGAUGCUAAUUUCAAGCGGUAUUAAGUGCCGCUGAUCAGGGUUUACUAUUUCAGAAUA